GCUUUGGAUUUACGCCUGCACUCUCCUGCAGGCGCGGAACCUGUUGUUUAUACAUGGCCCCUUACUUCAGGUCAUGGCUCGGACAAACACGAUGGGGCCUUGGAGAUAGUAGAAACGAUAAGAUGGGUGUUAGAAGACCUUCCGGAGAUGAAGGCGGCACUGGAGAACAAUAUCCUGUGCGACUACGACACACACUCGUACGACAGCAUGCGAGCUCUCUGCGACAGGUUCAACAGGGCCAUAGACUCCGUCGUCGCUUUGGAGAAAGGCACUUCCCUGCCAGCACAGCGCCUGAACAAGCACCCGUCGAGAGGGCUGCUAAAGCACAUCCUGCAACAGACAUACAAUCAAGCAGUAAUAGAUCCUGACAAGCUGAACCAAUAUGAACCCUUUUCUCCUGAGGUAUAUGGUGAAACAUCCUACGAGCUGAUAUGUCAGAUGAUUGACCAGAUCAAAAUAAAUUCAGACGAUGUGUUCGUGGAUCUAGGCUCGGGUGUGGGUCAGGUCGUUUUACAAAUGGCAGCAGCCACCCCGUGUCGCGUCUGCCUCGGCGUGGAGAAAGCUGAAGUGCCUAGUAAAUAUGCUGAGAGCAUGGACCUCAAUUUUAGAACCUGGAUGAAGUGGUACGGCAAAAAGUAUGGAGAGUACAAGUUGAUAAAAGGCGACUUUCUGUUGGAUGAACAUAGAGAAAAAAUUAAUGCAGCAACAAUUGUCUUCGUAAAUAACUUCGCAUUUGGCCCCCACGUAGAUCAUCAACUGAAAGAGAGAUUCGCGGACUUGAAGGAUGGUGCGAAAAUAGUAUCGUCCAAGAGCUUCUGUCCACUGAAUUUUAGAAUAACGGAUAGGAAUCUGAGCGACAUUGGUACCAUCAUGCACGUGAGCGAAAUGACGCCACUUAAAGGAUCCGUCUCCUGGACAGGAAAACCAGUCUCGUACUAUUUACACGUUAUAGAUAGGACCAAAUUGGAGAGAUACUUUCAAAGACUGAAAAACCCGAAACUCAAGGUCAGCAAAAGGGGUGUGCAUAAUGGCGAGGAUGAAGAGGCAACUGGCAAGCGGCAUCUGAGCGCUCCGCCGACGCGGCAACCCACGCCAGAUCUGCUUAAUGGCAACAGCAACCAUAGCACCGGCUCGCUGCCUGAGCGCAGGAGGAAAGUGGCCCGACGUCGCCCAGUCAGAGGCGAAAAUGGAAGGACGGGAGGUCGCGCCGGGCCGGCGAAGCGACGCGUGACGCGGCGCUCCAGUGACGAAAGCGACGAGGAGUCGAGUGGCACCGACGAUGCUCCGCCUGGGCCUGAACCUGCCCCCAGGGAAUGGGGCGCACCUUGGGCUUCCUCUUCAGACUCUAGUCGCAGCCGGCCUGCUAACAAACGUAGCGCAAGCGCAGGUGGAGCAAGACGACGGGCUGCGCGAGCCAAACGACGUCGCGCAGCCCCUGCCUCUAUCGCUGGUCUUGACUUGCUACACUCGACAACACUCGCAUCUACUAUACACAAUGGAGCGGUGACAGCGCCGCCGCCGGGUUGCGUAGGUCAGCGAUUAUCGGCGCUGGGCGUCCAACUGCAGCCUACGGACCGUCUGCAUUCGGAGUUAGAGAUCCCGCGAUCUCCCCACACCCCCUACAGUCUUCAAUUGCUACUGGACAUGUUCCGCGACCAGUACCUCGCCUUCAUCCAGCGGAUGAACACUCCGGAAUACGCUAAUGAAAUAAGACUACAGAUCGAUAAAGAAAAGGAGAGAAAUCAAAAAUUAAAAUCACGUGCAUCACAGUUGGAUAAACAAAUUAGUGUGCUGAUUAGUGACAGUGUUGCUCUAUUAAAAGCGCGAAUGAGCGAGCUUGGUAUACACGCUAAUAAUACAGUAGAUCUUCUAGCUAAAGCGAAGGAGAUUGUCGGAAGACACAAAGAAUUACAGAGCAAAGCUAGUAAAUUACAAGCACAAGUAAACAGCAUAGAGGCCGAACAGGCAGUGCUAGUGAAACAAAGGACGUUCGAAAUAACAGAAAAGUAUCGGCAACUCGGACACAUACCUCCGGAUGUAGAAAUCACGCAAAGCAUAGCGCACGAUUGUAUAUUGAAGGAAAUAUCGGCUACGUUGGCUCACAGGAAGCGAUUACACGCCCAAGUGGGCCAUCUUCAGAGUGAAAUAAUGCAGAUGGAAAGAGCCAGCGAGCAACAGAAAGUGGUCACGCCUAGUGUGCCCGUCGCGACCGUUAAACCACACACUGUGAAUUCGAAACCCAGAAAAUCUAGAGAGCAUCGUUCGCGGUCGCAGGAGUGGCCAGACGUCCCCGAUGUGGGGAAAAUUGAGGAGCAAAAUCCGGAGAUUUUAGCCCAGAAGAUACUGGAAACUGGUCGCCAGAUCGAAGCUGGAAAAAUUGCUAAGCCAAAUGUUAUAGUGAAUGGAUACACGCGGGAGCCCGAGAGACACAUCGAUCAUCAUAGGCUGGUUCCUAAGAGUGUCACACCGAUUCAUCGUACACCGCCGCAGCCGUUGCGCGGCGGACCCCCGCCGCUGGCGCACCGUCAGUCGCCCGUCAAGCCGCAGAAGCCGCUCAAUGUCGUCGCCAAGGUACAGGAGUCUCCCAAGGUCAUCAACUUUGAGGAUCGUCUCAAGAGCAUAAUCACUUCGGUGUUGAAUGAGGAUCAGGAACAGAGAAAAGCGUCGCGACCGACUAUCACCAACAACCCGAAUCACGCGUACACCAACGGCUACGUGCGCCAGCCGAACCCCGCGCAGCACAACCACAACCAAUACGCGUCACGCCUGGAGCCUCGAGGCUCGCAGGGGCUGAGCGGCGCGGCGGGUGCGUUUGCGCAAGCGCAGGCACAGGCCGCGGCGGCGGCGCAGGCGCAGGCGCGCGCCGCGCAAUUUCGGCGCGAGCGCGAGCGGCCGUUCGGCUUCGAGCGCCGCGACGCGCGCGCGCUGCACCUCUCGCACAACGCGCCCUCGCCGCUGCCUGGGCAGCCAGACUACACGCAGGUGUCACCGGCGAAACUAGCGUUGCGGCGGCACUUGUCACAGGAGCGGCUGGCGACGCCGGGUGCGCGCACUAUCGGCGACCUGGUCAACGGUGAGAUCGAGCGCACGCUGGAGAUCUCCAACCAGAGCAUCAUUAACGCCACCGUCAACUCGCUCAGCGCACGACACUACGAUCGCGACUCUGGCUCCCAUCACCAGCAACAACAGCACCAGCAGCAGCAGCAACAACAGCAACAGCAGCAACAACAACAACAACAACAGCAACAUCAACCGCUUGAAGGUCUGGCAGCAUGCCUGCAAGAGCGUGUGCUAGCAUCGGCAUAUUGGCGCGGGCGUGGAACUGCUGGAGGCACUGGGGGACCUAUCGACGACGAGGCUCGACGUCGUUCGCCACCGCCCGACCCGCACUCUAACACAUCUACCCCGCUCGUUGACGAGUUGCCCGACGCGCAUCGACAGCCUGAAGGCGAGGGCGGUGAGGAAGUGGAGGAGAGCAAGUGGCAGGACCGCAUCGCUUUUCGAUUCGACCAGAUUAUAUCGUUCGCUUCGAACGCGAUUGAGGACAAGCGGCGACGGUCGGACGAAGCUUGUAACACCUCACCCGAUUCCGGCAUCGGCCACGGGGAGCGUCCACUGGCCUCCGUACCGCAGCAAAAUCGCGAUUCAAGGCCGCCGAGUGUUACGCCUAUUGGUGCAUCCGCAGGUGUGCAAAAUGCAAUGGGUAACGGCCCUUUGGAGGCGCGGUCGCCGUCGCCGUUGCCGGCGCAUCACUUCAAGAAGCGCUUCUUCCGGCGCGAACGGUGGAGCGCGUGGAGCGGCACUCCGCCGCCAACUGCGGUUGACUGGGAGCGGCCCUCGAUGUGACGCUCGCUGCCGAGGAUUUAGCGCUGUGCCGUAUGCUGCUUCGCGCACCAACGCUGCUCCUAGCGUCGUUUUCGUGCACUGUCCGCGCCGCGGAGGAAAGCUCGAUUGUAUUCUAUGUACAUAGAGUUGGGGCUGCAUCCGCAUUCGGCGACUGCGAUCGUAUCGCUCCCCGGAUGUUGACUAUGAUGUCCACUUUUUUGUUAUAUUUUUUUUUCGAAUAUAUAAUGUAAUUAUGUAUAUUAUUGAGUUUAUUUUACGUUUAAGAUUUGUAAUUAUUUAAUAAUAGGUUUAUCGCCGUUCUAUUAGGGCGCUCCAAAAGAUGAUCGCGCCGUGACACGGAUUGUAUUUCAUGUGUUCAUUUAGGUAUUAGAGUCUGAAAUACAUGAUUUGGUGACGAUUCAGCGACGUGUUUUCGCGCCGGUCGUUUGGUGGAUGUUUGUUGUUUUAUGUGUUUUGUUUUCGAUGUUAUGGAAAACUCAGUCUGAAUAAUGUUAAUCAUUGCUUUGGGACGUCUUAAAUUUUAGGUAGCGUAAUGAUUAAAAGAGGGUUUGUAAAUAUUUGGAUAUAACGUAUGCAUUGUGUAGUUUAAUUCGAUAAAUAAUUCGGUGUAGAGGGGCUCUAAUAAACAAUUUUCCAAACACUGCCGUAUAGUUCCGAAUAUAGUAGUUUUAAAAUCGAGUCAAUAUUAUCUUAACGUUGUUUUGUAUGUGAGACUAGCAUGUUUUAUUUAAAUAUUUGUGUGUAGCAAUUUUGGCGUAAUCUUUCUUUUAUCUUUGGCCGUUCUUAUUUAUGUACUUUUACAGGUGCUAAUGCAAAUGAAAAAAAACAAUAGUGCCAAAUACAAGUGCACUAAUCGGAACUAAAUUGACAACAGAUUGAUUAAUAAUGUAAUAGUAAAUAUCCGAAUACGCACACUAGUAAGUGUACCAAGUAGUAUGAAAAGAGAAUAGAAGUCAAUAAAUAGGCUUUUUAAUAUUUUUUAGCAGAACUACUGUUCAGAACUAGCGUUGACAUAGCAAUAUUAGUCAUUUUAUAUAGGGUGUUACAAAAUCACAUUAUUUAUUUAAUAAAAAUAUUUACUACUGUUGAUAAGUCUAGAGUCAGUAUGCAGGGUGUUAUCAAAGGUGUGUAUGUGUUAAUGGGGUUAUAUUGUACCUUAUAACUGAAAAAAGUAUUUAAAUUAUCGAAAGCUUGUUACGGAUUUCCAGACUUUAUGACAUCGUGCCUUGAACGUGUCUGCAGUCACGCUGAGAAUUUAUUGAAAUUUGUGUUUGAAUCACAUUCAUGAGCAUAAAUGUGCCUUUUGACUUUGUUUACACCCUGCAUUACAAUGAUAACCAUAUUUUUUCAUGUAUCCAAUGUAAUCAGGUAAGUUUAUAAUUAUAGCAAUAAUUAAUAACCAAUGAAUGACACCACUAAUGUAAACAAAAAUGUGAUUUUAUAAUGAUCCUUUAUUUAGUGACCAACUAUGUAUAAAAAUAGGUAUAUUUUAUACAGUAAUCGCUCACGAAGAUUAUCCGCCUUUUAGAGUAAGACUUACCUACCAACAAUAAGGGAUUCUAUAUGCAUUGGGUUAAGAUUAAAAUUACGACAUAAUUAUAUCUGUGUAACUGAAUGUUGUCGGAGCUGCGCGUAGUUAAAAGUAUCGGCGUCUAAACUUAAAUGACUGAUAUAAACUGAAUUUUAAAUGGAAACUUGGACUUGCGUUAAUUUUAAAGGCCUGAUCAAACCAACGCGUCGAGCGUACAGACUAUAUCGAUUGUGUCAUCGCGUCCAGCGAAACACAAGUGGCAACAGUACGUUGACCACGAGUUAACAUUUGCAAAUUGUACAAUGCCGUUAAUGGUCAUAAGAAGAAAUGAAAUAUGCCACAAAAAUAUUUUACGUAGUUGCUAUCACAGAAAUCUAAAAUUUAUUUAGAUUUUUGUGAUUGCUAUACAUAUAACACUAAAUUCGCAAUAGAGGCACUGUCCUCCCCGCGGCGUGAUCGUCGACGCAGCGGACGCGUUGAUUUAAUUGUACCUUUGUAAAUCCUAAUUACGUCUACAAUUGUUUUAAUAUAAAUAAUUGUGUCAUUGUUAAAAGUAAUUAUAAAACGCAGUACCAACACAUCUAGUUCUAGAAGGUUUUACAGUACGUUAUUUAUUGACCUUGUGUGCACUGUCUUGUUACAUGUGUCUCGUAUUUUGCAGUGUUGACAAAAUGAUACAUUAAUUUUCAAAUGUGUGUUUUUUAAAUAAUAAUUCAGUGUCUUGCAUAUUCCUUUUACAUUUAUCGCAUAUUGCUAAAGGUGACCGUGCAUUAGUUAGUACUCUGCACUUCACUUGUGUACUUGAGUGUGAAAUUUUAAUGAAGUUAGCAGCAUCGCAGUGGUGGAUUUAUAAAAUGAAUUUAGGCUAUCGGCAAGGUGCUGCAAUGUCAACAGUGUUUACAGUGCGGACUAAUGCACAUUCACCACAGGUGCGAAGGGAAUGCAAAUUUUACUCACUCUCCUUAAAAAAGUAUUUAUUUGAUCUUUCUACAUAAUUUACAUUUGACUACUCUAUUGCAUGAUAAUGAUAAUUGACAUAAUUUCCAUUUUUAACUUGAAAGUAUAUAAAUUCAAUUAAAUUAUUGUGCACUAUUGUAAUUGUUAUAAUUAAGAAUUUCUCACGAAGUAUUGGUAUGACUGUGUAAGUGUUAUAAAAGUAAAGUAAGGAAAUAAGCAAUGGAAGUACUUUGAGACGACUAUUUGGGUUCAGAGAAUGAGAUUUUCAAGAAAAUAUAAUGUUUGAAAUACAUAGAUGACCGUAACAUACUUCCACACGAGCCUUAUAGUUAUAGUUCAUAAAUAAUAAUUAACACGGUGUUUUAUUUGCGCAUAAUGGUGUAAUAGACUAGAAUAGAAAUUAAGUGCAGUGUGUUAUUGUAUGUAUUUCAAACAUUGGAAUGCACUGGUUUGAUUGUGCCUGAAAAAACUCAUCAAUACCGCGCCAACCUCAAUUUGUGUAUUUGUAUUAUAAUGUAAGCGUAGAGAUCAAUUCUGAACCUUUGUAGAGUAGAGUUACCUAUGUUGGCGAAUGAUAAUAUUAUAUUUUGCUCGUCAACCCUGGUGUUGACUCGAAGAGUGAUUACAUUAUUCAGUUUAAGUUUUAUUUUUUGAUGGGGAAAAUGUGAGAUAACUGUGUGACGAUAUAGUUCUAAAAUAGUACAAAUGAGAAGACUUAUUGUCGUAAGCCUCGGACUAUUCAACAUUGCAAAUGCUAGGUUUGAGAUGUAUCCCUGUGUACUAGUUUUAUUUUGUACUAAAAGUUAAAAAUAAAUG